AUGUCGCUCGAGAACCUUCUUCCGCUAGAGCUCAUCGACAAGUGCGUGGGUUCGCAGAUCUGGGUCAUCAUGAACGGCGGGAAGGAAUUCACUGGAAAGCUGGUGGGUUUCGACGACUACGUCAACAUGGUGCUGGAGAAUGUGACGGAAAUUGACCCAGCCGAGGGGAACGUCGAGCUGCCCAAAAUCCUACUGAACGGCAACAACAUCUGCAUGAUGGUGCCGGGAGGCGAUGGGCAAACUGUACUGGAGGACGAGUAG